AUGUCUAUAAACAAUGUUGAAUUGGUAGAAAACUAUACCAGGAUAUUGGGUAAUAGUCAGCAAGUUCCGUUUUCUUUGGGACCAAGUGAAGUAAUUAAAUUAUCCACUCCUACUUCUAGACAAUCCUUAUCCAUAUCACUGCGUGAUCCUGUUUCAAGGAGGAUCAAUAUAACUGCUAAUGACGGUUACAUAUACUUAACAAAUCUACGCUUGAUAUAUAUAACUGCUUUUCAAGGAGACAUCAAUACCUUUCUGAUAGAUAUGAAAGGGGCUCCAGAUUUGCAUUUCUCUCAUGCAUUGAAAUCCCCAUGGUUUGGGCCGAAUUAUUGGGAAUUUAUGUUUUUUAAUGCAAGCAGACCGAACGUUGUGACUGACGGAUUACCGAAGAAUGAAUGGUUUAAAGGAAAAAUUGCCUUCAAUGAUGGGGGAAUAUUUUCCUUUGUGGAGGUAAUGAAUCAGGUAUUGAACGAUGCCGCUAACAAUGCUGAAAUCGAUGAAGAAUUGCCCAGAUAUACACCUACAUGA